CUAGUGGUAACUUGAAAGUCUUCCCCGUGUCUACUCACUACAGUUUUAGCUAUGGCGUGUAUAGGGUCCGGUAGGCUCUGUGCUCGUGUGGAGAAAUUGUGCCAGUUUGGACAUUUCACGCAGGUUCGAAGAAAAGUUUCAUCGACGGCAUGUGUGAGAUUUCGACAAGAUCUACCCCGUUCUGGUACGACCUUGGUACAACACUGCCAGAAUGGGGCAAGGUCACGUGUCAGAGGAACAACGCCAGGUACGAGAGCUGCCAGUUCCAUGCAAACGCAGCAACCAGGUUCUUUACCCGAAUAUCAGGUCGACCCUUACCGCCUUCUUGACGACGAUCUCAAGGACGUCUAUGAUGACAUACGGCUGCAACUCAUCCAAAACACGUCGCAAGAUGAGCUGAAAACAAUAGCAACAUAUUACUUCGAUGGGCAAGGAAAAGCCCUACGACCAAUGGUGGCUAUUCUCAUGGCUAGAGCUAUAAAUUAUCAUAAGGAAAGAAGCCAUCUAUUGGAAUCGCAAAGGCAAGUAGCGAUGUUUGCAGAGAUGGUCCACAACGCUUCUCUAAUUCACGAUGAUGUUAUCGAUCAAUCAGAUUGUAGACGUGGAAAACCGUCCGCAAAUGUGCUGUGGAAUCACAAAAAGGUCACGAUGGCUGGUGACUUUAUUCUCGCCGUUGCAUCAAUGAUGGUAGCACGAGUUCGCAACGAUGAUGUCACGCUCACCCUAAGCCAGGUCGUCACAGACCUAGUGCAAGGUGAAUUCAUGCAACUCGGUUCCAAGGAAACAGAGAAUGAAAGAUUUGCCCAUUAUUUGACGAAAACUUAUAGAAAAACAGCCAGCCUCCUUGCGAAUUCCGCAAAAGCCGUCGCGAUGUUAGCUGGUGCUGAUGAUCAACUGGCGGACGUAGCCUUCCAAUAUGGAAGAAACAUUGGACUUGCCUUUCAGCUGGUAGACGAUCUCCUGGACUUUGUGUCAUCAUCAGCAGCUAUGGGAAAACCAACAGCAGCUGAUCUCAAAUUAGGACUUGCCACAGCACCAGUUUUAUUUGCUUGUGAACGGUAUCCAGAAUUGAAUCCAAUGAUUAUGCGACGUUUCCAAGAGCCUGGAGAUGUUGAAAAGGCCUUUGAGUUUGUCCAUAAAUCACAGGGUCUUGAACAAACUCGGUUCCUUGCAAAAAAGCAUUGUGUUGAAGCAGUUCGUCUAGCACAGUCUUUGGCAGAAAGUCCUUAUCAAAAAGGUCUCUUGGUAGUAAGUGAUCUUGUUAUCAAUCGAAUGAAGUAGCCCUCAAUGAAUUUUCUUGGAGACCAAACGAGUACAAAACUGCUGUCGUACUCUGCUGAGUCACGACCUUGAAAGUGGCCCUUAGGCACAUAAUCGGAUUCAACUCAAUAUCGAGUCUUGAAUCCCGAAAAUUUCUUUCGGAAAGAAAGAUCAAUAGGACUAGACAAAUGGACCUACGGGUCUUUAUGAAUGUAUGUGUUGAACUGUGUGUAAGUGUGUUGCGUAAAUGGUAUUUUUUAAGUGUGCACUGACGAGUUUCAAUAGAUAACUUGAUGAGCAGACGAAAAAGCGACUAGAGCUUUUUUUACUCAAUAUAGUCCGUGCAAUAGGGGUAAAAAUAGGGCUUUGCUUAUUAAUAAUUCCCAAUGAGAUAAUUUUUGGAAUUAGAGUACGUCAAAACUUGAUCAAUUGAAAAUGGAUCACAGCCCAAAAAUAAUUAUACUGGAUGUUUAAUACACGGUAGAAUCUCCUAUUUACUAGGCUAUAAUAAAUUGAGAUCAACGCAAACGUACAUCGUGUAACAAGAUUCAGGAAACUCGUCUGCUGGGGAAAUUUAAAAGAUACAUUGAAGAAUAUACACAUAUAUUACGGUGUUUCAGAGAGAACUAUUUUUUUUUGUAAUAGACUUAGAAGUUUUCUUUGGACUCAAAAAGAUGCCGGUUAAAAUUUCAGCUCUUAAUAUUAAUACAUUUCCCUCAUCACACUUUUUCGUUUUCCAUAAGAUUAACAUGGGAAAAAUAUUGUUUGUUGCUUUUGAAUGUUAUUACUCACCAACAAAGUAAUUCUUGAAAAAAAUCUUUCAAGAAUUGAAUAGUCCUCAAAAUAAAUCAAUUUCCAUUUUUGAGCUUAGUAGUUUGGCCACAAAAGUCCAAUAAUCAUGAAAUUUACCGUACAUUCAACUUUGACCUCGAAUAACUUUCGAACCUGUGCAGUCAUCGAAAAUGAUUACGGACCUUUUUUGCAGAGCGUUCAACUCUCUAUAAAAAUAUGUCUUCAUCAAAUCUGGACAUUAAUUUGUUGGUGAGUAAAAAAAAUUGGAAACCAACAAACAGCAUUUUUCCCAUGUCAAUCUUAUAGAAAAUAAAAAAGUGCGAUGAGAGACAUGUAAAUAUUAAUAUUAAGAGCUGAAAUCUUAAUUGGGAUCUCUUCAAAUUCAAAAGAAACUCUCGAGUCUAUUGCCAAAAAAAAGAAAAGUUCUUUCUGAAACACCCUAAUAUAGGUAUAUGUGUACAAUAUGGGUAGUGCAGACGCUUAAAGUAUUAUUCAAAAUUUUUCUUUGUGUUUUCUUUUUUUACUUUGUUAUCAAAUAGCCAUUAUGUCUAUGCCAUUCAGAAAUGGCAAAACGUACCCAUAACAAACAAUCAGAAAGCUAUGAAUGAAUUAAUUAAUAAACUGCCACGAUUAAACGUGGGCCAAAGUGCCUGAUUCGCUUUCUAUUAUUUCGUUGGUGUAACAAAUGUACGAAUGGUAAUCAAUGAAUAACGAUAAUUAUUUGUAAAGAUUGUACCAGCGGGAUCGUCCACCAUUAUGGACCGUCGGAGCAUUACCUUAUUUUUAUUGUCGUACAUAUCGCUACCCUCCCAACUGUAAAUAUAUGUAAAAUUUAGAAUAGCCCAUAAUUCACAGUUAUGUAAAAAUGAGAACGUAAUAAGGUAUUGACUUUUGUCGCAUCGACUAAGUUCUAUUGUUUAAGAUGCUGAAGUUUAGAAAAUUGCCUGGGAACGAUCAACUCUUAUAAUCUUGAAUUCGCGAUCUUAAUCAGCUUAGACACAUCCAAGUAAAGUCUCGAGAUCCAUUCGGCACUAGGCUCUUAGACAAGUUAAUUAUCGUCACUGGCGAUCUCUUAUUGACUGAAAGUUCAAUGAUUAUUACCUAGCUGGCACGUUUUUAUGAAGAUCGAUUCAAUUUUCAAGACCAAACAUAUGCUCUCAAUUUCACCUGUGGGUUACAUUGCGAACCCACCACAUUUAAACACAAUAAUGACGUUAAUCAUUUGCCUGAUAAUUAUUUUAUCAAAGAAGUAGGGCUUAUGUGAAUGAAUGUACCACAUGGUACCACUGAUCUCUAUCUAAAUCAAGAUCAGUGGAAUGUACAUUUAGCAAAAAAUAAUGAAUAUUUAUCUAUUGCAGAAAACACUGUAUGUAAUAUUUUUCAAAUAAAUAUCUGAUAAUGCAGUUUACUAGAUGCUGGACACAGAAAUGCUCAAAUGUAACUUAUAUUUAUGAUAUGUUAACGUGCGUACGCUUAAAUACGUGUUGAUAUAUUUGUACAUGUAAAUACGUAUGGUACUUGCGCGCAAGCAUAUAUCAGAAUUAAUAUAAUAUAUAAAUAUUACAAUAACGAACGCAAAAUGUAAUUAUGAUCAAAUUUAGUGUAAUCAUUUGUUAUUAAUACUGAAUAAUUAUAUGAAGCGGAGGGAUAAAAAAGUUUUAACGAAAUAAAACCAACAAAAACAAACUUGGUAGUAGCUGCGAAUGCAAUUCUACCUAUAUUCGUACAGAUGAUGGGAAAAAAAGAAGUAAGUGAUCUAAAUGUUUAGUAUUCACCAUCAAACAGCUGAAAUCUGCCCGUAGCUGUAGUUUAAUCCCUUAGGACCCAGCUAAGGAUGAUGUUAAGCGUGGCACCAAGUGAAAUUCACCACCUCUUCGAUAAUGAUAUUUGCCUAUGAAAGUCUGCUAGAUGUUUUGUUAGAAUCGAAAAAAUUGGGCUUCUGAAAAGUAAAUAUUGUACUUUGCACGAUGCGUCUAAUUCCGAAGGAUUUUACAGAGAAUUUUCGCUUAUAUUUUGUAAGAUAGAAUAACAAAUCAACAAUGAUAAUUCAGUACGCUUCAUUAUUGUCUUGAAGUUAAUAUCCGGUUGGAUUUUCUGUUUGAUACAACGAAAUCGUUCAACUCUGGAGCACUAACAGUGAUGCAUAAUAUUCCUUUGAUGCAUGUUCGUACGUACAGUUCAGUCAGCAAGUGAAACCAGAAUAGAGAGAACUAUCAGUGGGUAGAAAUCGAAGAUGGUGAUUGUGAAAUUAUGCUCAGAAAAAUGAAGUGCAACAAAUUGUACUUGACACGUUGAUUCUGUUUGGAUUAUUUUGUUAACUCUGCACACAUACUCCGUGUGCACUCCAUUAAAAAUGUACACACGCUGGAGUCACAUAGUACCCCAGAUUACACGUCUAGAAUUAAAGUACAUAAGCAAAGUAAUAAUAAUGUAAAUAUUAUACAAAUUACGUAUUGUAAUAUGUAAGAUUCAAGUUAAGCUUGUAGAUUCCGGAGCUGAUUUAAUAAGAAGAAAAUCAGAUAUUCAAUUAACUGAAUCCCACAAAGAGGAUAUAACGAGUUCGUAAACUAAUUAUUGACAUUGUGACAUUGUAGUCCUGUAUAUAUUAGUGAUUAGCCCUUAAGUGUAACCCAGCUUUAAAGCUGGAGAACCCCCGUUUUCUUUUGGUUGUGGGUUUAUCAUUUUUAUUACAAUUAUUAAGAUGCGAUGAAAAUGCAAUAUUAUAAUUAUUGUGUUGGGGAAUUAAAACAACUUUGUAUAAUUAUUAACUUUUUUUUUAAUAUAAACACUAAAAGAAAACAUUCAUUGUGUUGUUUUUACUUCAUUAUUGCUGAUUUUUCAUCACUGUUCUCAACUCUUCAUUACAAUCCUUAAAUUCAUCAACAUUAAUAGCACUUCUGACGAUCAACAAUAAUGAUCGAGUGCUUUUCAAUGGACAAAGCUUUCAGACAUUCAUUAUUCCAAAAGCGAAUAUCCGUCUCUAUGGGGUAGCAUCAAAACACCGCGAAUUAACAAUGAACACAAGAUUAGUUAAUCAGCUGAAAAGAGUCACUUUUAACUGUGAGAAUUUUAUUUCACCGGAAUCAAGUGAAUACCUAUUCGCUAUAAGACGAAAGUUCGGUUAAUUUUGAUACAGCUCACUUUAUUAAGAACUUCGCGGAUCUGAGAUAAAAAAUGCCAAGUUUGGACGCUUAUGAAAUACAGCAUUCAACACGAGCCAUUGAUUGCGGUGUAUUGAUGCUAUUCUAUUAUUCUCCUAAUUGAAGAUAAAUAAAAAGAAAUUAUCGGUGAGCUUAUUUUAUCAGCUUGUAAAAUGAUGGAUUGAACCGAAAACGAUACAAUAACGUAGACAUAACACGAAGUUCAAAACAGUCCUCAACUAUGAUCCGAAAGAUUGUUAAAUAAACAAUAGGUGUAUCCAGUGUAAUAAAAUUUUAUGUAUAUUUACAUUCA